GCCGCUUGUCAAUUUGCACGGCGCGUCACGUGGCCGCACCUCCCCGCCGAGGCCGGAGGCUCUCCACGUCAGCUUACGUCUCCCAAUUUCUUACUUCACGGAUCUGCUUCAAAGGGGCAGCUGCGCUAGAGAAUCAUGUUAAGCUCAGCUAAUGCGGAGAAGCCGAGGUAGCCCUAAUGAUGGAUUUUGAUGAGCGUGUUCCUUGUUCCUCUAACAUGUAUUUGCCAAGUUGUACGUACUACGUCUCGGGUCCUGAUUUCUCCAGCCUCCCUUCUUUUCUGCCCCAGACCCCGUCUUCUCGCCCUAUGACAUACUCCUACUCCUCCAACCUGCCCCAGGUCCAACCCGUGAGAGAAGUGACCUUCAGGGAAUAUGCCAUUGAUCCCUCCAGUAAAUGGCACCCCCGGAACAACCUGCCCCACUGCUACUCCGCAGAGGAGAUCAUGCACAGAGACUGCUUGCCUUCCACCACCACCGCCAGCAUGGGCGAGGUGUUCGGCAAAAGCACCGCGAACGUCUACCACCACCCCAGCGCCAACGUCUCCUCCAAUUUCUAUAGCACGGUGGGCAGGAACGGGGUCCUGCCGCAGGCUUUCGACCAGUUUUUCGAGACGGCGUACGUUUGUGUUGCAGACGUCGUUUCGCAUCCCUCGGAUGCGAACUCGUACAGACGUGGGAGGAAGAAGCGAGUGCCCUACACAAAGGUGCAGUUAAAAGAACUCGAAAGGGAAUAUGCUACAAAUAAAUUCAUAACCAAAGACAAACGGCGGAGGAUAUCGGCGACCACGAAUCUGUCAGAGCGACAGGUCACAAUCUGGUUCCAGAACAGAAGAGUCAAAGAGAAAAAAGUCAUCAACAAAUUGAAGACGACCAGUUAAUGGAUUAAGCGUGGAGAAGCAGCAGCUCGGAAGGAUCCG